AUGACCAGUACAAGUACAGGUGCAACCACGACCACAACCGCUGGAGCAACACCCUCGCCUAUCCAGGACCUCGGGAUACGCGACGACGAUCACCUCGGGGGAUCCGGUUCCUGUGAUGCCUACGCCUACGCAAACAGGGAUGGUAUCCGGGUGUCUCCGAUUUAUGAUGUGCAGAGCAACGAUGAUUGCUAUGAUCUUGCAAGUGAGGCGGAGGUUCAGCUUAGCGACUUCUACUCAUGGAAUCCCGCAUUGGGGACAGACUGCGCUGGCCUUGAGGCUUCGACGUACGUGUGCAUUGGAACCACUGGGCCCAUCACCACAAUCAACAGUGGAACGCCUGUGUCUGCGACGGGGACGGCGACGGCGACAGCUUAA